AUGGCUACAAUUGAUACCUCAGUUUCACUUAUUGUCCGACCAGCCAAUGGGAUGGAUUUGGGAGUUUGUUGGAAUGAGUGGAGCAGACUCAUUAUGCCCACCUCUCCUGAUGAACCCGUGUGCCCCAAGUUCCAGCCAAACAUCUUUGACCCCUCCCGCUGCCACGACUGUCUGCGGCAAAGGCACCUUCACUCUGGGGCAGGAGAAAGCACUGAGGUAGCACUACAGCAGAAAACUACUUUAGAAACAAGAGCUGGGAAUAAGACCGACAUCAGCCACAAAACUGAAAAUGGGAUUGGAAAUUGCAUUGGACAGAGCAAAGGAGUGUUGUUAACGCCAAUCCCAUCCCAAGCAGAGGAAAAGGACACCAGCAGUAAGGAAGAUUCUGACUCUGUGGUGAGUAGUUAUUGUGAUGUCCGAGGAGGGCAGACGGGUUACAGGGAGAGCUCCUUGUGCAUCUUGAGCCCCGACUGUGCACUCUACAUCUGUGAAGGAGAGGAGGACUGCAGCACUGUCAGUUCUCGUGACCAAAGCGACUACCAGGAAUUCAGCAGUUCUAUCAGCACAGAAGACGACGAAUACCUACCUGCUCAACGCGAUUCCACUCACUUCACCAUGACCCGGCUUGACCCCCCACCUCAUCGCCCCAACCCUCGAGCGUGGAUGGAUGAAGCCAGAAGUAAAGACGCAUUCAGUAGGCGUUCAGGUUUAAAUGAAGAUAAGGGGAAACGGGAAAGUGGCUACUUCUCCUUGGGAAGGGCCUCAGGUGCCAGCUCCAUACGUGAUAAAAGCCCCCCCAGCCCUUACCGCCAUAUUGAAAGAGGGCACCCGCUCUUCAAACUCAGGAAUGUUGAACCAAAAGAUGCAGUUCCAUUCAGAAACCCAAAUCUUGGAGUUGCAUCGGAACGGAUCAUACCUGAACCUGUAAUUGAUGAUGAACCAGUCGAAAUUAUUCCUCCAGACCCUUAUGAAGUAGCCAUAGAAGUUGAGGCACAAGUUGGCCCACGAUCACCUAGUCCUACACCCUUUAAAAUAGCAGAGUCUCUAGCUUCCACAGGGCGAAAAGGGGCAGCCAGUGUUUAUGGGAGAAGAAGCCCUACUCAGAUGAGUUCAUAUCAACCGUCCAGGCAAACCUCUGCUGUACCAUCACGGUCUGCAUCACCAUCACGGACCAGUUUAGGAUUCAGACGCAGUGAAUCCACUACUUCCCUCAACAGACACAACUAUGAUGGAGGAGGCAGGAUUAAGGGGGCAGAGAUGGCAUCUAAAAGCUCUCUGCAAAGCACUUAUGCACGAAGAGGUGAGUCUGGAACCAUGCCUAGAAACUUCAAAUCUUACACAAGUGCUGUGAAAACUCAAUCAAACACGGUUUCAGAUUUUAGAAAUGCCUUGCGGAAAUCUGAAGGUGGGUUAGUAAAUGGGCGUGGGCAACCCAGUAGAAAUUCUUCUCCAACAAGAGGUGACUAUAACCCUCCAGGCCAAAUGUCUCUGAGAAAGACAGAAACUAACAGCAGCACAUCUUAUGCACGUAGCAGAGAAGAACGGGCCUCAGCUCCGUCCCACAAGUUGGCUGAUAGUACAAGAAACAUACGCAGCGCUUCAUUGCCAAGAAGGACUCAUGACACAUCUAGUCAUUCUGUUCUACAUAAAUCAGAAUCUAUUUGGUCUCUAAAUGGACGUGGUCACCCUGGGCGUUGUGGUUCUCCUGUCAGAGAAGGCUAUGAUAUUGAAAGCCAAGCUCUGAUUCGUAGUCAGAUCAAUAAUUAUGGGACAAAUGAAGAUGAAGAUGAAACCCUGUCUAUGUCUCCUACUAAAAAUUACGAAAUGCCAAGUAAAUCUAUGCUACGUAAGACUGACACUGAAAGUAUUAACAUUCGGGGCCACGACAGUCGGAGUUCUUCUCCUGGCAGACGGGGUUAUAAUAGCUCAAGCCAACUUCGAAGAGCUGACACCAGUGGGUCACUGUACAGCCGCGGUCAUGAAAGCCGAAGUUCUUCUCCUGGAAGAAGGGGUUUUGAAAGUUCUCGUCAGCUUCAGAGAACAGAAACCAGUGGAUCACUGUACAGUCGUGGUGAAAGCCGUAACUCCUCCCCAGUGAGGAGAAAUUUUGAAGGUUCCACUCAGUCUCUUCUCCAGAAGACUAGUAGCAGGUCAGAUAGAAACUUAAGUCGAAGUACCUCCCCCUCUAGAAGAAGUCAGGAGCCUCCUGAACGUUCUCUAAGAACAUCUGAAAGUAUAAUGCACAGCCACUCUCCUCCCCAGAGGGGCCUCAGGGACCCUCCAGGGUACUCUGUUCUUCGAAAUGCUACAAAUGGAGACUUCAGUCGUUCUUUUCAAAGAAAAGAAACAGAAACCAAAUCUGAAACAUAUCACUCAUCUCGCUCUUGGAGAGAAUCUGCUCACACAAAUCGCAGUACUUCUGUAUCUCGAGCUGCUUCACCCUCCAGACAAUCCAGCACUGGGAACAGAGUCUCCUAUGUUACUAUGGAAAAGCACAAAAACACAGGAAGUGUCAGGUCUGUGGGCAGAAGACGCAGUAAUGAGGAUCACCACCCUUCACCAGUUGACAAGCGGUCGAGUAGAGCAUGGAGCCCCUCAAAUUCACAAGUGGAUCUGCGGAGGCACACCUCUUCCCAGAGCUCUAUGGAGUCCUCUGAGUCUGGCCAACUGUCUGCAGGCUCUACAGGACGCAACAGAGAAGAAUACGCCAUCAUGGCUGACCUGCCAAAAGUCAAAAAAGUCCAACAGAAGGAGGGGUCAAGCCAGCCAGAGCGGACAAAUGUACAACUUUUCAAACCAGCCAGCCAUUCAGUGACCAAGCAGCCAUCCAGAGAAUGGGACGACACGUGGGAUACAGAAUGGCCAUAUGGGGGCAGUGGCUAUCUGUCCAGAGCCCACUCCACCACCUCACUGCAUAGGUCUGGCAGUCCAACCACAGAAGAGGGCACUUGGAAAAGCAACCAGCACAGGUCAGAACAAAUGCAGGUAUGUGUAAGCAUUUCUGCAUUGCAUGUGGAUGAUUCAGGCCUUGUGUGUCUCUUCCUAGAAUUUGGUAAAAACAACUUUAUUGUUUGAUGGGGAAAAAUGUUGUUUGUCAUUAUUACUUGUAGCCUAAUUAAAGUUCACUCUUAACUGCCUUGUUGCGUUGUUGUUACAUUCAAAUACAUCUUUCAGUAGCUGUCUGUGAGGCUCCUACACCCUUGAGGCAUUUCAUGAGUCUUGACUGAGCUUUGACAAAUUUGGUCUGCUUGGGCAUGUGUUGAAAUUCCUUAAGCGAAACCAAGAGCUACCAAAAGAGGAUUUUAGAAGGGAAAUGUGCCACUUGUUUCAGUCCAAAAAAUAGCCAACAGCUGUCAGAUGAAAGCAAAGAUCAGUCACCUAUAAAUGCCAGCUUUAAAUAAUUCAGAUAGUCAAAUAAACC